GUUCAGUAUGGGUGUUAGUUUUCCAGAUAUGUCGGUCACUGAACUGUGAAGAGCGUCUUCCGCUUUUGGUCUUUGAUUCGGUUUUCUGAGGUGUGUCGAGUACAGAAGUAGUGUCCCUGUUAAUAGUUCUACACGAAAAAAAUUACGAUUUUUAGACGUUGGUGUUACCUUUGUAAUCUCAAGUUCACGAUAUGAACGAACGAAAACUCUUGGUAAGUUUGUAAUCCUUACAAAUGAGGUACAUAUAAACGAAGGAAUGAAAAUCAAAGUCCUUGACAAAUAUGUAGAAAGAAGCUGUUGGGUGUCACUUUUGAUGAGCAUCUUAAGUUUACUAGCCACUUGAAGGAGCUAUCUAAAAGAGUAUCUAGGAAAAUAGGGGUAAUGAUGAGACUAAAAAAUGUAAUACCAACGUUAGCAGAGGUUAGAAUUUACAAAUCUUUGAUUUUGCCACAAAUAACUUAUUGUUAGACGGUAUGGCACUUUUGUAGAAAAUCUGAUAGCCGGAAGAUUGAGAGUCUCCAAGAAAGAGCGCUUAGAUCAGUCGCAGGCUUUCCGAGUUUGUUUAUUUUAGUUGUUUGAUUUUCGUUUUUAGGUAGUUAGGUGUCCACAUUAUUAGUUUACACUCCGAGUAAGCUAGGCAUUUGACACAUUAAUUAAGUCUAUUUAUUAUUAGUAGUAUACUGCAGACAGUCUGCUUGAAAUGCUGCUUGCCAUGGGCAUUUAUAGAAAGUGUGGUGUUUUUUAUCAAAUUAUGCGUAUUCGUAAGUCUGUGAUAAAAGUGCUAAAUGUGAGAUCAUGACUAUGAGUAGAUUUUUUAUGUAAUUAAUACUUGGAAUGAAUCUAUUUGUAUUCAGAAAGCAUGAAAUUUGCAUGCAAAUUGCCACUAGUUUCUAUUUAAUUAUCCUUUAGUCAGAAGGUGGAUUCAUUUUCAAGACAUGCGCAUACAUGCAUGUAGCAUGUGGCAGAAGUGUUUAAGUGUGAAAGUUUGCUAGUAUGGAAGUGUGGUAAUAUGGAAGUUAGGAAUUUUGGUGACAGGACCGAAUGGUGGACAAACCACUCUGAAGUUCAGUGAUUAGGAUAAGGAAACUGAGUGAAUCAAUUUUCAGGUCAGUUUGCUCAGUAUAUAAUGACCUUAAACAGAAUCUGAUUCACUCAGUUGUGGUUUCGGAUCAGGAUAUUGUCACGCAGUGCAGGAAACACUACAAGCUUUUGUUUCAGCAAGCAAGCUGUGUAGAGCAUGCUGGUCUGCAUGUGUACAUGUAAGAGACUGCAUGCAAACUAAUGACACUAAUCACUAUAAACUUCAGAAUCAUUCGCCUUUCAGCAGCCAUUUGGUGUUCUGAAAAGAACCCUAGCUGGAAUUUUGGAAGUUAGGUAGUGUAGAAGUUUUGGAAGUGUUAACAUAAUAUAUUGUUCUCUGUUUUUAUCUAUCAUUUUGUAGAUGUUUGGCAAAUUUGAUAUCUGUAAUGGCAUUUGCUGUACAAAGAGUUUAAACUGCAGGCAUGAGUGAUGACCGAGUGUGCGGCUCUCACAAAGUGAAAGUCACCAUAUUGGCUUCUGAAUGGGGAUCAAGUAAAGGAGGGCUUUCUACCAUAGACAGAGAAUUAGCUCUUCAGUUAGCCAAAUGCCCUGAGGUGGAAAUCACUUUCUUUUUACCACAAUGCAGUCAAGAGGACAAGAAGGUUGCCUUACAAAACAAUGUGAAGAUCGUGGAGGCAGCACCACUACCUGGCUUUGAACAACUGGAGUGGCUUAGCUUCCCUCCAGAUCAUCUGCAAAUUGAUAUUAUUGUGGGUCAUGGAGUUAAACUUGGUAAACAAGCACAAGUCAUAAAAAAAUCUAAAAAAUGCAAAUGGCUUCAAGUGGUGCACACAGACCCUGAAGAACUUGAGAUGUUUAAAAACUAUUCCAACCCAAUCUCAAAGAGCGAAGAAGAGCACAAGACUGAAGUAGAACUGUGUAAAAUGGCAGAUCAUGUUGUAGGAGUUGGACCCAAGUUGAGUGAGGCCUUUCGCUCAUAUCUACGUAGCUGUAGAAAAGAUGACACUGUUCUUGACUUCACUCCUGGAGUAUUUGAAGAGUUUGCGGCUGUAAAGCAGGUUCCCAGUGAACGGAAACAACGUAGUGUCUUAGUGUUUGGCCGGGGAGACGUAGAAGAUUUUGAAUUAAAAGGGUUUGACAUAGCCGGGAAAGCGAUUGCUGCAUUAGGAGAUACUCGUCUUGUGUUUGUUGGAGCCCCAGAUGGAAAACACAAAGAAAUAGCAAAACGGUUGACUGAAUGUGGUGUUCCUGCAAGGCGUUUGAGAGUUAGAGGUUUUGUUAAAGAAAGGGAGAGUUUGAAGGACUUGUUUAAAGAAGUGGAUCUUGCAAUCAUGCCUUCAAGAACAGAAGGCUUUGGAUUGACAGGACUUGAGGCCCUGUCAGCUGGUCUCCCUGUGCUUGUCAGCGGCAACUCUGGUUUUGGAGAAGCUCUUUGUGGUGUACCUUUUGGUUCAACAUAUGUUGUUAACUCAGAUGAACCCGCAGAUUGGACCUCAGCUAUUAAGAAAAUCUGGGCCAAGGACAGGAAAAGUCGACUGGAGGAAGCGAAAAUGUUGCGUGAUUCCUUUGACGAAAAGUACAACUGGGCCAUGCAGAUAAAAGAUCUUAUUGAGAAGAUGAUCAGUUGGGUUCAUGGUAUGAAUGUCAAUUUGAUCAUGUACAUUAUUCUAAUCAUGUAUUACUUUAUUAAUUUGCACAAUGUCAAGUAAUAAAUAUUAUUAUUCCGUGGGAUGCCUGUGGCACUCCCACGGUAAAAAUCCGGUUCGGUUGUACCCAACUUUGCAAAGCCAGCCAAUAGGAUUGCCUAAAAUCUUUAUCGAUUAGCUCUUCUUCCAAGCCGACCAAUCAGAUUGUACAAAAUCUGUAUCGAUUUUUAAUCGAUUUGUUUCGUCUGAAGAACGUUGAAAUCAGAACGUUCGUUGCCAAAUUUGUCGCGCUAGAGUUUUCCCACUCGUGCUUUAGGAUGGCUUGUUAACCAGCGAAAUCCUUCGGGAUACUGACAAGUCACGAAAGGCAACCUAAACGAAAUUAUUUCUUUCCUUCAUGAUUCUUUUUUGUUUAGGUCUAGCUUUUUCAUAAGGACUUAUAAUAAUAAUGGAAUUUAUAUAGCGCUUAUACAUCGUUUAGUAGCGUCUGGUUGCGGGCCGUGAUUUCCGAUAGAUUUUUCUAUUCGGGGCCCGGAUUCGGGGUUCGCCAGUUUUUGCCGAGCACAGCUAGAGUUCAGUUUUUUUCUUUUCUUAUCGACAACACGUUGAUGAUGGGAGGUUAAAUCGCGUAAAUUUCAACUCGUACCCUUGACGAUUGGCGGUGAAAUCGCGAAAAUAUUAGAGAGAUUAAGAUUCACAUUUACGCCAAACGGCAAACGUGAAUUUGUACCACGUGACCAAGUUUUUCCCUUAAAUGUCGUGUACUGUUUAUUACUUCUACUCAAAACGAAAUAGUUUCACGCCAGUGUUAUCCGUAGGAAUUGUUCUGGACAGUUUUUAUCGGCUUAUUUUCUAUUCUGAGAAAUUCUAAGCUUAAGUCUGACGUUUGCCGUUUGCCGUAAACGUGAAUCUUAAUCUCUCUAUUGUCCUCGUCGAUCGACGACUCGCUUUCGACAUGGAUUGGACUUCUGGAUGGGACACGGAUCAGGAGUGGACCUUAGUAAACUUAUUAUACCUUGGAAUCAGGGAUAAUCAUUGGAACUAUGUUAACUUUGAGACGUUGGAAACACAUUGCAAUUAAUUUUUAACCGUGUCAAGAGCAUCUUGGAAUAUUAAACUUUCAUCUUGGAUUAAAACAUUGGAACUUUAUCGAACUUUGUAACCUGGGUUCGACCGUGGAUAAAGCAAGCGGAUGUUUUGUUUUGUUUUGUUCCAUUAACCUAAAACUACAAUGUUUAUUUCUCUUUGAAAAAGUUACCUGUGUUUCCGUUAAGAUUCCAAUUUAAGUUACACGGGUAAACCUUGUUUUGACGUAAAAUAACUUCUUUUUCUUAUCCAAAUCGAUGCUAUGAAAAUAACUACAUAGUGAUAGAUCAAAACAAGAUCAACUCCAUCCUUGCGAACACUGACAACUAUAAAUUUAGCUUGCGUAACAGGUGUUGAUAGGGGUAGGGGAUAGAGAGGAAGCAAAAUGGGGAUGUGGAUUGGGGAGAAAUACUAGUCUGCCAUGCAGGCUACUAUAUUAAUCAGUCAUCUACUCAUCGAUGCUCAUAACAUGACACAUCUUUCCGGUUUCCCUAAUUUUUCCAAAUUCAUAUAGAACACCAUUAUUCUUCCAUAGACCAACGCAUCCCACGGAAACGACUUUAGGCGUCUUGUUAUUGUUUAAAAAUGAAUUGAAUUCUAUUAAAUUUAUUAUUAUUGUUAUCAUUUUAUUAUUUAUUUAUUUAUUUUUCUUUUUUUCUUCAAAAAAAUAUUUUCCAUCAUACAUUUGAGAGCUUGGUUAAAAGUGGUUUUUUGGGUGACAGACAGCAACCAGGAGUGGACAGUGGUUUUACUCAACAAAUUGUCUCUAUAAGGGUUAGACACCUAAUAAUACAAAAUAUUAUGGUAGACCCAUGGUAGUGUCAUGGCAUGUUAAGAGGUAAAAGCCUUAAUUCCAGUUGCCAUUUGCAGGGUUGUCAAUUAAACCCAUAACCCGUAACACCUGGGAAAGGUCUUGAAAAAUAGAAAAAAGUUUCUGGAAAAAUAGUAAAAACUCUGGACCUUUAUUUCAUAGCUAUCCAACAAUUGCUUAAUAAGUGAUUUUUUCCCUGUGGUCAAUUUCUAUUCAAUCUCCCCUGUAUUGAAGACAUUUAAUCACAGAAUGUCCACAUUGCACCUUGCAAUUGUUUACCAUAUGUUUUCAGUGCAUCAUAAAAAGCUUGGAUCUGGUGUUUUUCAAGGUGUUUAGAGAUCACCUAUUAAUUUGGUUAACCUCGAAAUUAUCUGGAAAAGUAAAGUAUUGUUUUGGAAUAAGUCUGCACAAACCCUGUAGUUAAAAAGCUUGUAGAAUUUGGCAACAGUUAAUUACUUAAAGCAACCAUAAAAAGUGAAAAUUUUGAUUAAUGAAUUUUUGUCAUUCUGCCUUAUAGAUCCUGAAUCAACUCACUUUGCUUGCACUAAUGAGGGAUUAAAUUAUCCCCAUUUAUGUCGUCUUCUAAUCACCUUGGGUUCAAAGGCACUCAGGGCAACCUUUGACAAAAUAAUUCCACCACAGAGUCUUCAUAGGUGUUUGAAACAUCAAGCACACUCUAAACUUUUGUUACUUCGAAAGCGAGGGGUGUUAAACUCACUCCAGUGGAGUAAAUUGUAUCCUUCUUCAUCCUCUGAAGUGACAUCUGCAAGCUUUGAUAUCCCGCUCUUGAUAGUGCUCUUAAGGACAAUCUGUAAUCUGAGUCCUCCACCCGCUGGCUGGGACACACCUCCUCUCACAGCAGACACCAGUCGUGAGUCUGACAUUGCCCGUGUUAAAUGUUUCAUGAAUGCUGUGUCUAAACAUGCUGGAGAGGGCUUCAUCAAUGAUGCUGUGUUUAGUAACUACUGGCAGCAGAUUCGUGACACUUUGUUGAGAUUGGGAGGAGCCCAUUAUGGGGAAGCCAUUGACAAAAUAAGGGAUCAGGAAAUGGACCCUCUGGAGGAAGAACAUUUCAGGGAACUUCUAAAGCAGUGGAAGAAAGUGGAGGACAAUAUCAAAGACAAGCUGAGUGAACUCGAAAGUGAAUUUAAUGUGUCAGGUUAGCUUUAGUAUUAUAUAUGUGUGCAUUGAUCUUGCUGUUUAUAUAACUGACUCAAUAAAGGUUGCUUUGGGCAUUGAUAAUUGGGCACUGAGAAGCUAUUGUUUGGUGGUCACUCAAGCAAAUCAUCGAAUUGUUCUGUACGCCCAAAUACCCAAUGCCCAAUCGCUAAUGACCAAUAUUGUCAAAGCGACCUCAAUUGAAUUGGGUGUAUCAAAGAUUCAGAGCAUCUUGGCUCCACUUGCUCGGCAGUCUUGAUUCCUAAAAAUUAACAGAAAUCUUAGUAAGCAUUCUUUUAGGUAUAAAUUUAACUAGUAAUAAUCAAUGAGUGUGGGCGACAGCGACUCAAAGUUACCACGCUCUCAGUCUUUCUUCAAUUCUGUGCUUUACGCAAGUUUCACGUGAUAGGUAGUCAAAACACAUGAGAUCGGAUUGCCAGUUCUGUGUGUUCCAUUCAUUUUUAGUGGAGUCCAAAUGUAGCUGUUAGAAGCUGGCUACAUAGUGCUGUGCAUACGUCAUUUCAACCUGUAGAUUAGAACUGUGUGCUCCUCUUGUUGCCCCCAGUAAUUAUUGAUUAAUGUGAGUUAAAUGUAAGGCUUAAAGAUGAAGCCUUUGAUGUCUUUGAUACCUGUGUUCAGCUUUUCCUUGUUGCAUGGAAGCAUGAAAUAGGUCAUAGUCUCAUCUCCACACCACUGAAUACAUGUAGUUUAACCAGGCUUUUUGGCAUGAACAAUAACAUUCCAAUUAUUGUAAGCUGUUUAGGAUAUACUGGUAACUGAUCAUGAGGUAAUAGUGGGUCCACAUCCCACUAACUUUAGUGCUGCAACGAAACUGACAUCAGGAUAUUUCCAUGUUUUUUCAGUUGGACUCAAAACAGGGCAUGUGUUAAUUAACAAUUAAUGAAUGAGGCUAAGUAUCUUAUCUCGGAGGGUGUUAUCCGCCUCGGCCUAGGGCGUCAACGGAUAACCCCCUCCUCGAUCUCCAUAAUUCUUCAUAUGAUACGAAAGCCGAAUUCAUUAAUUGUUUUAUUAUUCAUUCAAAGUAAUUCCUAAUUUAAAAACAUGGCUAAAACAUUCUUACGUCCAUCGAUCCAUCGAUGUUAAGUUCAUCUUCGACAGUGCGCGUUUAGGUUUGUCCAGCUCUGCAAAUAUUCUCCAAAUAGCAGAUGUCACCCUUCGAGUUGUCUUCUUGCUGUUCUUGCCAUGUUUUUAGCUAUUUUUUCGCCUAGUUCUUACUCUUGAAACGAGUGAAAUGACCGCCAUUUUUGUUUCGACAACCAAAACAACUCAACCUCGUCCCCAGGUCCUCUCAGUGAACGGUGCCUUAACCUGCACGAACGCUGCAUUUUUGACGUCAUUUCCUUGUUAAACACAAAAUUCUUUCAAAUUUGGUCAUCAGUAACUGGUUAUGGUGAAUUAAACCUGUGCUUUUAGCCAAUCAGAGUCGGGGAAAUAUUUUGAAUGAAUAGUAAUAAUAAUUAAUUAACGCAUGCCUACAAAAUAAGUUCAGACAAUUUGCCCUAAAGGGCCUUUCUAACAUCUUACAAACUUCAAAAACGGAAAAUAAAGCUUGUUGUACCAUUCUCCGAGCUACCUGUAGAAAACACUAAAUACUAAGGCUUUUGUACAUUAUGCUAGCAUUUUUUCGAGCAUUUUAGUGAGGCAAAAGCAUUGAGCAUUAUUUGAGCAUUUUAGUGGCAUUUUCCCCGGAAAAUUAAUUUUUCCGAGAAAAUAAAAUAGAAAUUAGCUUUUUUCAGGAGCCCAUGCCCCAUGAGCUCCUGCUUUUUUAAACAAAAUGAAGACUAAAAUUCAAAAUUCACAAAAAACCUAAUACAGCUGGUUUCUUUGGCUGUAUUUAUGAACUUGUACACGUUGUCGUUGUUACUUGCAACACUUGCACAGUUUUGUAAGUGUAAACUUUGAAAUUAAUUGAAAAAAACCGUUUGUAUAAUGAGCAUUAUCCGAGCAUUUUAGUGACUUUUUUGGGGAGACCGAGCAUUUUAGUGGGAAAAAUGGAGCAUUAAGGUGGAGCAUUUUAGUAGGGAAGCAAAAGCAUAAUGUGCAAAAGCCUACUAAAUACCCCAACUCUGAAUGGAAGGGGAGGGGUGUGGAUUGUUUUGCUCUGAAGUUCCCCUUUUUGAGUUGAAUGUCUCUACAAUUUUGUCACUGAUUGACAUCUAUCUAUGAUUAUACAGGGCUAAAAAAAGUCCUGUUCAUUAGUCCAUGACAAGUAGAUUUUCCUGCUGGACAAGCAACUUAUUAUUAAUAGGAUUCAUACAGUUUGCUGCCAAUAUUUUGUACUGAGCAUUGUGUGUCUGUAUUUUUAUGCUUUCACUGGCAAAGUGAGCAAGAGACUACUACCGGAAUGAAGAAGCAAAGGACUUUGAGAGAGUCUAUCAUGUCCCAUGAAAAUAAUCAAUAAAAUUUGCUUCAGUGCACACCUAUCAAACUAUUGAAAAUGUAAAAACAACUAUCUUAUUUUUCCAGAUGAGAACAUCCUUCCAUCCUUACAAAAUUUGCCAUUUGAUGCAGACCAGGUUCGCAACAAAACCAUCCUACCAUCUAAUCUGAGAACGGUUGCAGCGAAGAAAGGAUUCUUAGUUUCUGAUAACCAAGCAUCUGGGAACUGUUUGUUCUAUGCACUGUCAGAGCAACUGAAAAGUGUUAAAGGAAUCCAAAUCUCACACAAAGAACUAAGAAACACUUUGGUCCAGUUUCUCAGAGAGAAUGCUAAUCUGGUGAGGCAAUGAUGAUGAUGAUGUAAUUGCUUAACUUCAUCAUGCUGGGAAAAAAAGGGCAGAGGCCUUUAGUGUCUCCUAUAAAAUCCAAGACUAUAAAGCCAAUUUGAUAAUAUCCUGAGCCAUUAACCAUGUUAUGAUUUGGGAACUUUGUUGAUUUGAACCUGUAAGGGGAAGGGGUGUACUGCAAAAAAGAGACAAUGUCCAGAUAUUAGAUUCCAGAGGACUGGCAUCUUUGAAAUAGGGGAAAGUGUUUUAGAGCAUCUGGUUUAACUUAAUACAGUGGCAGAUUGAGGGGAGGGGUCCGAGGGGCCCGCCCCUCUUAUUUUUAGACCAAACCAAAACAUUUUGAGACUGCCCCCAUUAUCUAAGGUUCAUGCCCCCCCCCCACACACACACACACACACACACACACACACACACACACCCUUAUCUCAAGGUCUGGAUCCGGCACUGUAAUAUAUCAACAUAUCAUAAGGCCAAGAAUUUCUCAAAUAAGGUAAUCACCUGAGAGUGUGUGCUCAGUUUUGCACGGUACAUGAAAGCUUUCCUUUUGAAAGACCACCAAUCAUUAAAGUGAAAAAGUAUUUUCAGAGGUUAUAUAGUUGGCUGUACCUCUAAAUAUAUCAUUUUUUGCAACACUUUCUGACCUGUUGUUGUCAUCAGUUAACUCAAAAUUCACUCCAUUUGUAUUCUGAUUCAUCAGCUAAAAGCUUAAAGUUCACUUGCUUGAUUGUUGUUGUUGUUUUUUUUAGCAUGAUGGAACAUCCUUAUUCAACUUUGUUUCUGGCUACCCAUCAUGGCGUGAAUAUUUACUAAGCAUGGCGAAAGACGGUACCUGGGGUGAUCACGUAGUUCUGUUUGCUGCAGCAAAUCGCUUUCAAACUGUCAUCCGUAUUAUCAGCAGCCUUGAUCGUGAAAUAGUUGUCCAUCCAGAACAAGCAGUUGCUGACACAAUCCCUCUUGUGUUGGGACACAUUCAUGAGUUACACUAUGUUAGUCUUCAGCCCAGAAAAGGUAAAAUUCUAGUCUCUUCUCUGUCGCAAUCAGCCAGGUUUGUUUGACUGGUGGAAAAUGUGCUGCAGAUAUCAGCCCUGCACUGCAGUGUGGUGUUUGUGUUCAAGAGAAGUGAGAGUCAGUAACUGUCUUCGCAUGGAUUCUCUUUCUACAAAUCAUCCUAAUAAAUUUCUUAAUAGUGUAAUCGCCUUUGUUAAUGCGGAGAAAAUCAUUUCCUUCUGAAUUUUUAAUAGCCUUUCCUCACUUCAAAUAUCCUAGCUAUACUCAUAGGAGUAGAUCCUACUGAGCCGGAUAUUUUCAGAUUUUCAGACGCAACAAAGUGUGAUCUGUUUAGCUUAAUGGUUGUGAUUGAGAAGAAGUGAGUGUGAUGUCGAGCAGGCGAGUUUGAAGCAGUUCACAGUAAAAUAUCCACGCUUUAUACUGAGUGACUGGAAUCGUAAGCAAAUAUUGGCUUUGCGAUUUUACACUAAGAGAUGAUUAUUAUAAUAAGAAGAGCUUAUUCAUGGUGUAUGGUGAACACGUCUUACCCUUUGUAAAUUACCAGUUUUAAGGCGCUCGGCCCCUCGGUCUUUCUCGAGUUAUACGUACCAUAAUUAUACUGCAUACUGCAAAGGGAACAAAAAGGUAUUCAAAGAUUUUUAAAAGGGAUUCUAUUUCCUAGCCUGCGUUACACCCGGCCCACGCACUCGUCUAAACCAUUUAUAUUGUCCAGUAGGUUUCGAGCGUCUGCGACGCAGGCAAUCUACUUCCUGGAGUAGCGGACUGUAACGUCCAUUACUCACAACGUGUCCAAAAAAAUUUCAGAGGUUUCGGUUUAAAAUAUUCGCAUGUCACUUUCAUCACUCCAUCUUUGGUGCUGUAUUAUUGCUAGGUGAUCAUACGUUAUCUAAGAUUAUGUCAGUUGACAAAGGUUCAUUAUUGACCUUCUAAACAUACUGAUAAAAAGCCUGUGAUAGAGAAUGCUUUUUUUAUCAACUGACGGACGGUCUCCCACCCCAGUGAAUAUAACUGUGAAGAUCUAACGGCCGCUGCUUACUAUUUUUUAUUUUGCCAGAUGAGUGUUUAUUUCAAAGGAAUAAGAGGGGUAAUGAAGGGUACAUGAUGGAGAACGACGAAAUCAGAACAAAAUCAAGAAGGACCAUGGAAGAUCUGAAGGCUUCUAGAUCUAUAGGUACGAGUUCAUGAUAUACAUCUAACCACAACCCCUCUGUUGUAAAAUCCCCUGCCCCCCCGCCCCUCCCCCCACCACUAAAAAGGGCGAAUUGUACCGUUCCAAAUCAGUGAUAGAUACCCUUUAAGACUACCAAUCUUGUCUCCAGAGGCUGUGUUACUACCGACGCAGGUAGACCACGAAUUCAAAGAUUUGCGUCACAGUUGACUUUUGCGCUAGGCGUUAACGAUUUAGGUGACUUGGCUUUCAGUGUUUGUCAAGCCAAGAAGAUGAACUCUUGUGUUCACACUCCUUACUCAUUGCUGACGUCGUUAUGAAACACUAGUAUGCUGUAACUGAGAGAACUUUCAUCGAUUCGGACUUUCCGCAAACAAAAGUUUGACUUAGCUUAUUAAUUGACCACAACUGACCAUACGGUAAUGCCGGGCCUGUAUCUCGCUAAUUCCAGUGCUGUAGUGAAAUUGAGGUCAGGAUAUUUCCAUGCGUUUUUUUUUUAAUUUUUUGAUUGGACUGAAAAUAGAAUCACAAAGUGCUUCUCGAAGUGUGUCAUAUGUCCUGAAUCAUGCGCCUUCCAUAAUAUACUGAUACAAACAAACUGAUUAAAUACGUGAUAACGUUUAAUGCAGCGUGUAUCAAUAUUCAUCUUUAUAGAUUUGUCAUACCCAAGUGACAUUUUAGAGAAGAUCCGUCAGCUGUAUAGAACACGUGAACAACGCGUUCUGCCUGUACCUUGGUGUGAAGAUUUCAGCUUUCAUUUGAAUGAUAUGUUUACUAGACUAAAAAUCCUCGGUAAAGAAAAGUCCCGAGGAGUACUUACCGACGAGAUAACCAAUAUGACUGCUAUCUUUAAGGCGCACGCAGAAUGUCAAAGCCCGCGAACAGUCUUGAUCGAGGGAGAUCCUGGCAUGGGAAAAACCACAUACUGUCAAAAGCUGGCGUAUGAUUGGGCAACUAAGCAGGACGAAUGGGACCCGUCAUUUCCAGAGAUUGAAGUGCUACUCCUUCUCAAGUGUAGUGAAAUUCAUGAUCAAUACAACAUCUGGGAGGCUAUUGAUGAUCAAAUUUUACCCGAGGAAAUGGAAGAUCAAGCUAAGGAAUGUUUCUUUAAAUUCAUUCGCGACAAUCAGUCGAAAGUUCUUUUAGUUCUCGAUGGAUUGGAUGAAGUGGAUCCUAGUAACAUCAAAGUACUCUCCAGCCUUAUUCAAGGUAAAGAACUUUCAGGUUUCUACAUUGUUGUCACAUCUCGUCAUGAGGCUGGAAGUAAAGUAAGGAGGUACUGUGACACUCUGUGGGAAAUUGAAGGAUUUACUAGGGAGGAUGCAGAAAGCUUUAUUCUUAAAUACUUUAAAAACAUCGACAAAGAGCACUUAGCCUGGAAACUUAUAAAAAGCAUAUGGCGUGUGCCCUUUCUAUUUGCGUCACAACAGGAUAGAGACCUGAGUGAACUGACAAAAAAUCCCUUAAACACUGCCUUACUGUGUGUUAUAUGUGAGGAUUUUGAGGGCGUGUUUCCAACGAGUAGAACUGAAUUGUAUACGGAGAUUGUUCUUUGUGUUUUAAGAAGAUAUGAACAAAAGCAAGGUUUAGCGAGCAAGAAUGAAGACCUGAUGACCGUUUACAAAAAAGAAUUAAUAGAUCUUGGAAGAAUGGCAUUAGAAUCUCUUCUAAAAGGAGAGUUGUACUUUGAAGAACAUAAAUCUGACGGUGGCCUCAUUGUCUUAUCCAAGUUCGGAUUCCUUUCACAUCAGGCUGGUGGCAGUAAGAGGAAAGUUGUUGUGCGUUAUUCCUUUCUUCAUAAGAGCUUUCAAGAGUUCUUUUCUGGUUUCUAUCUUGCUUACAAACUCAUUCAGGGAGAAAUUGAGUGCGAAUCAGUGGUGACUGACCAAAGAUAUGAGAACGAACUAUAUCAAGUCUUUUUAUUUACGAUCGGGAUUUUAGUUUCAACAAGUGAGAAAACCGCACAGUCUCUCGUAACGUAUAUGGCUAGAUAUAUCACAAGUCUUCAGUCUGCGAGAGACAUUUCAGAGCGUCUUGAAUAUUCUUUAGGUUGUUUAUCAAAACACGAAAGUUUAAUUUGCACCUUAGGGGAGCACCUUCACAUUUCUUAUUUGAAAUUGGAACCAUUAAUUUGGAGAUAUGACAUUGUGACUCUUUCCAAGGCCCUUUCAGUCAACUCCUCCUUAACUAAUUUGGAUUUGAGUUAUAACAGUAUUGGUGAUUCUGGAGCUGCGUCUCUUUCCCAGGCUCUUGCAGUCAACUCCUCCUUAACUAAUUUGGAUUUGACUGGGAACGAUAUUGGUUGUUCUGGAGCUGCGCCUCUUUCCCAGGCUCUUGCAGUCAACUCCUCCUUAACUAAUUUGGAUUUGCAUGGCAACAGUAUUGGCUAUUCUGGAGCUGCGUCUCUUUCUCAGGCUCUUGCAGUCAACUCCUCCUUAACUAAUUUGAAUUUGAGUGGGAACAGGAUUGGUGAUUCUGGAGCUGCGUCUCUUUCCCAGGCUCUUGCAGUCAACUCCUCCUUAACUAAUUUGGAUUUGCAUGGCAACAGUAUUGGCUAUUCUGGAGCUGCGUCUCUUUCUCAGGCUCUUGCAGUCAACUCCUCCUUAACUAAUUUGAAUUUGAGUUAUAACAGUAUUGGUGAUUCUGGAGCUGUAUCUCUUUCCCAGGCUCUUGCAGUCAACUCCUCCUUAACUAAUUUGGAUUUGUGGCGGAACAGUAUUGGUGAUUCUGGAGCUGCGUCUCUUUCCCAGGCUCUUGCAUUCAACUCCUCCUUAACUAAUUUGAACUUGAAGUUGAACGAUAUUGGUGAUUCUGGAGCUGCGUCUCUUUCCCAGGCUCUUGCAUUCAACUCCUCCUUAACUAAUUUGAAUUUGAGUUUGAACUUUAUUGGUGAUUCUGGAGCUGCGUCUCUUUCCCAGGCUCUUGCAUUCAACUCCUCCUUAACUAAUUUGGAUUUGAGUUUGAACAGUAUUGGUGAUUCUGGAGCUGCGUCUCUUUCCCAGGCUCGUGCAGUCAACUCCUCCUUAACUAAUUUGGAUUUGACGUACCAAUCC